AUGUUCAAUGCUGUGAUCCUGGAAGCCAACACCACCUACACAACCGUCUUUCCUCAAAUGAUCAAGACUAUCGAGACCAUACAAGGGGAUGGAGGCCCCGGAACGAUAUUCGAAAUCGCCUUCAUUGAUAGUGUGACGGCUGAAUUGAUGACCUUAGAGACUAAGGUGGAUGUUGUGGACCCAUCGAACUUAACCGCGAAGUACACAAUGACAGAUUCAGAUGAUCAAGUAGUGGUGAGUGAGUUGAAGUUUGAGAAAGACGGAGCAAAAGGUUGUAUCUGUAAGUUGACCAAUCAGUACGUAAAGAAAGCCGAGGGAAUCCACAGUGGAGCAGAACGGGUAUUGCGUGUCAAUAAGAAGCUGUUUGAGUAUCUCUCAGCCAAUCCCGACAUUUGUGCAUAA